AUUUACAGAAGGAUUUUUAGAUGAUUACAGAUCCAGGCUUGGUUAACUGAGUUCUGCCACUGCAAUUCACCAGACACCAAAGUGCUAGCCUGUGAAAUAAGCAACAACUAAGUUUACUGCCAUCGCAUCUCACCGGGGCUCAAGUGCUUGUUUGAUGUAGAUCGUUUCACUUUCAAAACGUAAAGGGAAGUCACGAAGACUGUGCUUUACUUCCAUAAAUGUCGACUGGGGAAUGUUUCCGGGCAAAGAGAUGUGUACCUUCUUGUUCAUCACUCACUGCAAGUAAAUAGAACCUCUGUGUGUGAUCCAGAGAUGUCUUUGGUAUGUCUGUCUGACUUUGAGAUGUAUGCUAAAGAACAUUUACCCAAAACCACCUGGGAUUACUACGCUGCUGGGGCUGACGAAUGCUGCACUAGAGAUGACAAUCUGAUGGCUUAUAAAAGGAUCCGUCUUCGCCCACGGAUGCUGCGAGAUGUUUCAGUGACGGACACAAGGACGACCAUGCAAGGCACGGAGAUCAGUUUUCCCAUUGGGAUCGCACCCACUGCCUUUCACUGCAUGGCCUGGCAUGAUGGAGAGAUGAGCACAGCUCGUGCUGCGGAAGCCAUGAAUACUUGUUACAUUGCCAGCACAUACGCCACCUGUUCUGUGGAGGAGAUUUCAGCUGCAGCUCCAAAUGGGUUUCGCUGGUUCCAACUCUAUGUCUACCGGAACCGUAAGCUUUCUGAGCAGUUGAUACAUCGGGUGGAGGCACAUGGAUACAAGGCCAUUGUCCUAACAGUGGAUGUGCCCUACACCGGCAAGAGGAGAAAUGACAUCAGGAACAACUUUAAACUGCCACCACACCUCAAAGUCAAAAACUUUGACGGCAUUUUUGAGCAGGAACUUAAUGGAGCUGAGGUGUACGGGGUGCCAGCCAAUUCUCUUGACCCAUCAAUCACUUGGAAAGACAUCUACUGGCUUCGUUCACUGACCCGCCUGCCCAUAAUCAUCAAGGGCAUCCUAACCAAGGAAGACGCAGAGCUGGCCGUAGAACAUGGUGUCCAAGGUAUCAUUGUGUCAAACCAUGGAGGGAGGCAGCUCGAUGGCGGACCAGCCACGAUAGAUGCCCUAUCAGAGAUUGUGGAGACGGUACAAGGAAGAAUUGAAGUUUACUUGGACGGUGGGAUCCGAACUGGAAGUGACGUGCUGAAGGCUUUAGCCCUUGGUGCCAAGUGUGUCUUUAUUGGUCGGCCUGUGGUUUGGGGCCUUGCCUACAAGGGUGAAGAGGGCGUCAAGGAGAUUUUGCAGAUACUGAACGAUGAAUUCCGUUUAUCAAUGGCUCUGUCUGGUUGCAGAAAUAUCUCCGAGAUCAACAGGAACCUCAUUCAGUUCUCCAAGCUUUAGAAAGAUUCCUCAAGUGAUAUGGAACAGCACAAUUGGAAGGGGCCAACAUUGCUGGGAGAUUAAUCCAUCUCGAAGGAGAAGACUAUAUUGGACAAAUGUGAUCUAAAUUGGAAAAACACUGUAGCAAGGCAAAUAAACAAAUCAGAAUAUAU